AUGUCUCAAUCCUUACCUUCCUCGUCUGCCUCUAGAAGUCGACCACCGCAGCCACUCAUCGGAACCUUUGUUUCUUCUUCAUCACCAACAACAACUACAACAAGCAACAAUAGUAAUACAAACAACCAUACUGCAUCAUCCAUCCAGAUGACCUCUUCAACAACCUCUCAUCUCUCAAGACCUGUCAGUAGUAGUAGUAGUAGUGCCUCUUCCAACCAACGCUUGUUGUUGAUGACCACCACAACCAUCUCCACAAAUUCUCCCAACCGAAACUCACCAAGUAUUCAUCAUUCUACCACUACUAGUUCUUCUCACUCUGCAUCAUCUCAUCCAUUCUUUCAUCAUGAAGGUGAAGAAUAUUUGAAAAGAUAUCAUGUUCAUUUCUAUUUGAAUGAUGUUCUCUCUCAAUUAAUUUUCCUUAGAGAAGAAGAACCUUUGCAAUAUUUGGCACAAUAUUUUAGAUCGGUCGUGAGUGGUACUAAUAUUAUUCAUAAAUCCUUUUCAUAUGUGUUUGCAAAUCCAAGAAAUCGAUUGAGUUUUGCAGAUUAUUUUGAACAAAUUUAUUCUAAAAUUAGUAAUGAACAAAAAAUGAACUUUUCAGAAUACUAUCAAUUAACAACCUUACUCUGUGAUGAUUUUCCUGAGAAUAUAAUGAUUCGUAUUUAUAAGAGUGUCAUCAUGUAUCCAACACUAAUGAAACACAAAGAGUUAUUUAAAGAAUAUUCUGAAGACCAGCAAUUGCAUUCAUCCAUUCUCUCCUUGUAUCAAUCGAUGGAUGAAUCUAUUGAAAUAUGUGAAGAAAAGAAAAUCAUUGAAUUACCACCUUUUCAAACAUUUAUUAUUGCCUUGAGAGUGUAUUUAUUUUUUUAUGAAUUUUUUGAACACGUGUUGGAACAUGUCUUUGAGAAUUCUUAUUCGAAUUUAGUGUCGAGUGGAGUUUUGAAAAAGAUGGUUCAUCCUUUAUUGAAAUCAAAUUCAACGUAUUGUGUUCCAUCACAAGAGAUAUUUGAUAUCAUUGUAGAGAAGAGUGUACAAUUGAGAAGAAACUUGAAUGAUGCCACACCACCUAGUACUAAUCAACAUGACAAAAUAUCAUUCUCGGAAUGGUGUGAAGCAUUUUAUCAACACGUCAUUGAAGUGAGUCACACAGUUACUUCCCAAAAUGCUAUGACCUCACAACCAUCAUCCACCACCUCAAAUACCAUCAAUUGUGACGUGUUGUCACUCAUGGAUCCCUCACAGUUACCAAUUUCUUCGAGUUGUGCAGAAAGACAAAAGUUGAGACUGAGAAAGGAGAUUCUAAAAAUUUACUCAGGCAUCAAAGAUAAUACCAUAAAUAAAUAA